AACUAAGUAGAGAGGCAACUCUGUUGUAAAGGAGGAGCGAGUGAACUUCAAGAAUGGAAGAGCUCUUGGACUGGUAUUGGCUUCUGGUUCUAUCGCUCUUACCGUUAACUGUACUGUUGAAGGUGAUGUGUUUGUUUUGGUGGAGACCCAGAAGGAUCGAAGAGCAUUUCGCAAAGCAAGGAUUAAAAGGCCCUCCUUAUCGUUUCUACAUAGGCAACGUUAAGGAGCUCAUGGAUUUGAUGUUAAAGGCAUCGUCACAACCUAUGCCUCUUUCUCAUAACAUAGUCCCUAGGGUUCUCUCCUUCUAUCACCACUGGAAAAAUAUCUAUGGUGCAACCUUUCUGGUAUGGUUCGGACCCACGGCUCGAUUGACAGUAUCGGACCCGGACCUCAUAAGAGAGAUUUUCGCCUUCAAGUCGGAAUUCUACGAGAAGAACGACUCUCACCCACUCAUCAAACAGCUUGAAGGUGAUGGCCUCUUGAGCCUCAAAGGUGCCAAAUGGGCUCACCACAGAAAAAUCAUCCAACCCACGUUUUACAUGGAAAAUCUCAAACUGUUGAUACCCGUGAUGGGGAAGAAGGUGGAAGAGAUGCUGGAAAAGUGGUCGGCAAUGUUGGACGGCCACAGCCAUGUAGAGAUUGAAGUGUCGGACUGGUUUCAGACCUUAACGGAGGAGGUCAUUACUCGUACGGCCUUCGGCAGCAACUACGAAGAAGGAAAGUCCAUAUUCGGAUUGCAAGCACAGCAGAUGGUUUAUGUCGCCGAGGCUCUCCAGAAGGUCUUCAUUCCUGGAUACAGAUUCAUUCCGACGAAGAAGAACAGGAGUUCUUGGAUUUUGGACAGAGAGAUCAAGAAGUCACUUGUGAAGCUCAUCCAACGGCGGAGAGAUGAGAGUGAGACGGCCGAGGGAUGCCAAAACCAUAAGGACUUGAUGGGGCUGAUGCUCAAAGCCGGAGCUGCUACUAAUAAGGUGCAUCGUAGAUCAUCGUUACCGGAUUCUGGUUGUUCCCCGGCGUCAAAGUCGGAGUCAUCAAUCACGGUGAGGGAUAUAGUGGAGGAGUGUAAGAGCUUCUUCAUCGCCGGGAAACAGACGACCUCCAAUUUACUGACGUGGACCACGGUUUUGUUGGCAAUGCACCCAGAGUGGCAGCAGAAGGCACGUGAAGAGGUUCUCAGGGUGUGUGGCUCACGUGACUCCCCUUCCAAGGACGCCAUCCCCAAACUUAAAACGCUGAGCAUGGUUGUAAAUGAAACGCUACGAUUGUACCCACCAGCCAUCGCGACGAUUAGACGGGCAAAGACUGACGUGGAGCUUGGAGGAUACAAAAUUCCACGUGGGACUGAACUACUGGUGCCAAUCAUAGCCGUUCAUCAUGAACCCGCAUUGUGGGGCCAUGAUGCAACAGAAUUUAACCCAGGUCGAUUCUCCGAAGGUGUUGUCCGAGCCGCCAAUCAUCCAAUGGCGUUCAUACCAUUCGGCCAUGGGGACCGCACAUGCAUCGGACAAAACUUGGCGAUGCUACAGGCAAAAUUAGCAAUUUCCAGCAUACUGCAACGCUUCUCUUUCCGUCUUGCACCCAGCUAUCAACAUGCACCAACGGUGCUGAUGCUCCUAUACCCACAAUAUGGUGCACCAAUCCUCUUCCGACACUUGCCAGCAUCUGAAACCACCAUCCCGCAAAAUCAAGGAUCCUGAGUCACAAGUCAUAUCGAUGAAGCCAAGCAUUACAAACAUUUUUCAUUUAUAUGAUAAAAAAAAAAAAAAUUCUGAUUGAUCG